ACAAUGCCACCACUAAUGACUAGUGCUAGUGAGUCAUGGUUGUCAGUUUGAAGCAACACAACAAUCAGUGCCAUGCUGAUAGAGACCACUAGCCCAUGUUACACCUACUUACAAAAUCUUUACGAGCAACAAACCGAAAGCUGAUAGUCUGCAUUUCGCCAUGCUUGAGGCCACCUUAUGUUUGGUUUUAAUGUAUGCAGGUUUGUGCAUCGGAGAGCCAGCAGUAAUUAAAAGACCUUUCAUCUUGGCUGAGGAUUUUAAUAUUGUUCUGGAAAAUGGAAAGCUCCUCUUCUUUUUGUCAAACAAUGAGAAUGGUAAAGUUUUGAGUGGAGAAUUAGGAAGGUCCCUGACAGAAAACAUGAUACUAAAUGAGACCAAGAUUUGUGAACACUCGCCAGACAACUGUGUUCAGUUUGGAAACAAUAUUAAUUUGUCUGUUGAAAAAACUAGCCAUUGUUAUCACAUUAAUUGGACAACAAUUGACAAUCUAAUAUUUGAAGAUUGUAUAGACUAUGGCAAUGAAAGUUGGUUUGGCGGUCCUCAGAACCUAGUACAAUAUUGGCCUUUCAACAAUAUGACAUUUAAAAGUUCUUCUUAUGUGACAAAGCAAGAUGAUGACCAAGCUAUAGCUGAACCUUACUGGGUUUCUACGUCAGGGUUUUACAUCUUCGUUGACAAGACCACUCCUCUCUUCAUAGAUUCUAACAAUGACUAUCACAAUGGCUUAUGCCUGAUUGGAAAACAGUCAAAUCCUUAUCUACCCAGAGGUAAGACGUAUUUGGGAUACAAGAUAUGUGCUCACCUUGACGUCCGGAGCGCUCACAUAAACGCUGUUAAACAAGAACUCAAAACUCCCUCAGGUAUCCCGGAUCGUAGAAUGAUACAGCAUCCCAUCUGGUCAACUUGGGUAAAAUUUAAAGUUGAUGUGAACGAGUCCGCUGUUCUUCGAUUCGCCGAGGAGAUAGUGUCUAACGGCUUCAACAACAGCCAGAUUGAAAUAGACGAUAACUGGGAAACUUGCUACGGGAGUGGACAGUUCAAUCUGUCGAGAUUCCCAGACAUGAAAAAUCUGAGUACAAAAUUGCAUGAAAUGGGGUUCAGAGUGACUCUUUGGAAUCAUCCUUUUGUCAAUACAAACUGUGAAUUAUUUAGUUUUCUGAAGAGUAAAGACUACUUGAUACAGACUCAGGAGGGUAACGUGACUUGUGAUUGGUGGAAUGGAGUCGGAGGUGUGGUAGACUUUACCAAUCCAGAAGCAGCUAUGUGGUAUUUAAAUCAUCGCCAGUCAAUGAUGGCUCAGAACAACAUUGACAGUCUGAAAUUGGAUGCUGGAGAGUCAGGAUGGCUCCCUCAGAUACCCAAAUUGAAUGCAGAUGUUACGCUCCAGCCAAAUGCCUUCACAGUUGCCUAUGUAAACACAUUAGCUCAACUAGGAAAUAUGAUAGAGAUCAGAACUGGCUACGGGACUCAGAAUCUGCCGGUUUUUGUUAGAAUGAUAGACAAAUACUCAUCCUGGUCUUUUGAAAAUGGUCUGCCCACUUUGUUGACGACGCUGCUCCAGAUGAAUCUUAAUGGCUACACUCUAGUAUUGCCCGACAUGGUGGGAGGCAACGCUUACAAACAACAAGUCGACAAGGAGCUUUUCAUACGUUGGCUGCAGGCAAACACCUUCAUGCCUGCCAUACAGUUCUCACUGCCUCCUUGGGAUUUUGACAAAGAGACAGUGGAGAUCUCAAAGAAGUUCACAUCUCUCCACUACUUAUACUCAGAUUACAUCAUCCGUCAGAUGGAGGAGUGUGUGAGAACUGGAGUUCCAGUUAAUGCUCCUAUCUGGUGGGUGGCUCCAGAAGAUCACACUGCUCACACCGUGUGGUCAGAGUUCAUGCUAGGAGAUAUAUUGGUUGCACCAGUGGUGGAGAAGGGAGCUAGACACCGAGAUAUCUAUCUUCCACGAGGUAGGUGGCGAGACGAAGUUGAUCCCAAUCACAAGAUAUACUCCGGUGAGAUGUGGCUGCGCAACUACUCUGCACCACUGGACACAUUACCAUUCUUCACUCUUAUUGGAAGUUCUGGAGAAUUCUAGUCAAUUAUUCAAACGGUUUUACCAUUCAAUCAUUCCACUCUUGUUGUGGCUUGUUUAAUAUUUUAAUUUAAGUAGGUUUAUAAACAGUGUACCUAUUCUUCUUCUAAAUAAAUUAGCAUUAA